AUGGUGUCUCUCGACGUCUUUAUGGUGUCUCUGGACGUCCUUAUGGUGUCCCCUGGUGUCCCCGGUGUCCCCCCGUGUCCCCGGGGUGUCCCCAACUGGUGUCCCCUCCCCCGCCGGUGGCAGGAGCGCAACGCGGAGAACGCCAUCGAGGCGCUGAAGGAGUACGAGCCCGAGAUGGGGAAGGUCUAUCGCGCCGACCGAAAGGCCGUGCAGCGCAUCAAGGCCCGGGACCUCGUCCCCGGGGACAUCGCCGAGGUGGCCGUGGGUGACAAGGUCCCGGCCGACAUCCGCAUCCUCUCCAUCAAGUCCACGACGCUGCGGGUGGAUCAGUCCAUCCUUACUGGGGAGUCGGUGUCCGUCAUCAAGCACACGGAGCCCGUCCCCGACCCUCGCGCCGUCAACCAGGACAAGAAGAACAUGCUCUUCUCCGUGAGCACCAUC